AAAUAUGUAUUUGUGGAAGAAAAUCUGAGCAACCUUCGUAUUCCAGAUGGUAUAUUAUCUUGGGCCAUGUGGAGUCCAUGGAGUGGCUGUCCCGGUAUCAUGGCAGGCUGCUCAUCGAGGGAACGUCGUAAAUUGUGUAUGGAUGAUAGUGAAGUCGCACAGCCCAGCGACAAAUGUUACGGAAAACAGCCGAUUGAAAUAGGAAAGUGUGAAUGUUUAAAUUCUAACAACAGCCAAUCUACUGGUGGCACCCCCAUUUCGAACGUUGAGGCUUACGCUUACAUGAUUUCUAUCUCAAAGAGCGUUCGCUAUUUUGAUGGUGAUAGUGAUGGUCAUUUUUGCAGUGGUGUUAUUCUGUCUGAUACGUGGUUACUGACAGCUGCUAAUUGUGUUUGCUAUAAGGGAUAUUGUUGUUCCGCUGACCAAGAGUUUUUGUAUUCGAAAUGUGAGCUUAAACAUUGGACCGUGACCACUGGUUUACCUGAAGGUCGAGACAAGCAGAAAGACGGGCAAACAAGGGGAAUUGCAAAUGUUGUAAUCCAUAAGAAUUACACCAAGGAUUCCUUAGGUCGUCCAUUGAAAAAUGAUAUAGCUUUGAUCAAGCUCGACGCCCCAUUGGACUUCACAAAGCCGACUGCACGCCCGAGCAAUCUCCCGAUAAGUGUAUGUAGAGAUUCUACAGAACGACAAUGUGUGAAACAUAAUAAAUUGAAGAGAUGGUAUUGUGAAAUGGCGGACUUUGGGCGGUACUCCAUGUCAUCAUCAAGUUCUUCUGAAUUGAGAUCUUUAAAUGUUGUUUCUGUUGAUGAGUAUGGCAAAAAACUCACCUUUAACCAGACUGUUGCUAUCACUGAAACUAAUCAAGGUACUGGGACGUUAUGUCAAGUUGAUAGUGGAGGGCCAGUGGUAUGUAAAAGUAAAGAAGCAGAUCCAGCAACUGUGAUUGGUAUAAUGAGCUGGAUCGAUUUGAGAAACUGCGAAAAGACUAGCAAAGGAAAAACUGGACACACUAGCGUUUCACACAUGUUAACAUGGAUUUCAGAUAAAAUAGCUGAAUGGGGUGACUGGAGUGAAACAUGUCGCUCGAAGGGCAACACAAGAAUGCGUUUGAAAACCUGCCUAUUUCGAGGUUCUCAAAGUACCACAGGGGAUUGUACCCUUGAAGAAAUAGAAGAAUGUCCUGGAACACUAGUAAAAGAUGCAGAACUUAGAGUACAAUUGAUCCGGAGAAAUGAAUGGGUAGAUGAUGAUUAUGGAGAUAUAACAGAGUCCAUAGAGUUUGGUAUGUUAAGAGUCAAGCAGAUUUACACGCAAGCACAUAAAAAGAGGUCGGCCUUUAAGUAUGUGUGUGAUGAACAAUGGGGUGAUACGGAAUCGAGAGUUGUGUGUGGGGAGCUGGGCUUCAACCCUGAUGAUGCAGUAACAAUCAAAUCUGGACUUGCGACGUAUGGGGAAGGAGAAUUUUAUGUGGAACCUUUGAUGAAUACAAAAGGUGUUGCAUCAAGCAGAAUUCAAUGUAAUGGGAACGAAGCGAGUCUCUCUCAAUGCAACAUAGAACGGUGGGAUAAAGGCAACCAGGGCUGUUCACCUAACAAUUUUGUAACUAUAUCAUGUACGAAAAAUGGCAUAAAAACUCGACUUUCUGGUGGAAAUUCAUUCUCUGGGAGACCUGAAGUUUUUCACGAAGGGGAAUGGGCAAACCUUUGUCCGACGGGACUUAUAAAUGACGUUAUGGACCGUCGUUUUGCCUAUUUAACAUGUGAAAACAGUGGCUUGGGGAGACAUGCAUUCGCUGUUCCUUACAAUCAAUUUGGGCAGGGAAGCGCGAGAAAAUCUGUCGCAUUGGAUUGCCAAAAUAAUGAAUGGAUAUAUCCAACUAUACAACUUUGUACCAAGCGAGAAGUGGAACAUUGUCGUCAUGUUAGUGUGUUCUGCUUCGAGGAGGAACCUAAAAUCCAUGAGUUUGUGAAAUGUCUUUCUUUGGGAGGUUACCAAUGGGGACAUGGACUUGUAAGAUUCUGUGAAGAGCCUGAAGGAAAUGCAAAGGAGAAGUGGGAAACCGCUAGAUAUUUCUACACGUUUCUUGGUUUUUCAACUGUAUGUGGAAAUGAUUUUGGAAUCGAAGAAGCCAAAGUGGUAUGCAGGCAAGCAGGCUUUGAUCCUGCCAAUGCCGCACUGAACAUAUUUGGUCUAUAUGAUGAAUGCAUCGAGGGUGGUGGCGACAUCAAAAUAAGUGACGUGAAAUGUAAAGGAAGCGAACUCAAUCUAGCAGAAUGUGCCUUCAAGUAUGGUAAAAAUGUGACAUGCCCCGGAAACAAAAGAGCGAGUUUGUUUUGUACGCCAAUUCCUGUGCAUAUAGAUGCCCAACAACGCCUGAACAUGAAAGUGAAUGAAGACACACGUAAAAUAUGUGCAACAAACUGGGGAGAUAAAGAGGCUAGAGUUGUGUGUAAACAACUUGGAAUGGAAUACAAAAACGCUACAGGAUAUGCAAUACCUGGUGAUGCCGAAAAUGCAUGGAUAACUGAAGUUGAAUGCAACGGAGAUGAAAGACAUUUGGGGCAGUGUCAAUAUAAAGUUGAUUUCACCGUCAGUUUGACAUAUGACGAUAUUUUCUGUUCCAACUGGAGAAGAUUUGAUGAUCAGAGGCGCACUUUUGGAUCACGUGACUAUCUUGAUUAUGACUUCAACAACUGCAAUGGCGACGGAUAUGCUGCAGUGAAAUGUCAAUAAAAUUUGUUCUUUAAAUAAGAAGUACGAUUGUAUAUGUUUAAUUGAAAUAAGAGAACAUAGUGGAUACUGUUUAAUUGCUUGUCGUGUUCUUUGUUUUUACAAUAAUCUUUUUUCAUAUUCAAAAAUCAUUCUCAGUGAGGCUCACAUAACAAAAACUAUAGUGCAUACUGCGGUUUGCAUGCGACAGUUUCUGUCAGAGCAGGCUAAAUAUCUGAAUGGCUUAAGCUUCGAUUUUCACUCGGGGCCUUGAAAUAAGCACAUUUCUUCCAUGUGCGCAUCUAGCCUGUUACAGAUAGUUAUCAUGACAUAGCGCCAUCUGGCCAUUAAACGCACAGAAUACAGAGUUUAAAAAUAUAAUUAUCAUUACGUUAAUUAACAAAUAUAGGUGUACUUUUGUCAACAAAAAUAUAUAUGAACACUUUAAUUAUCUAUUUAGUCUGUUCUUGGAAGAUGCAAGUCCAAUCCAUAUAAAGUGGGAGAAAGGGGUGGGCAUCCAUA